GAGUUGCGUGUAGAAGAAAAGCGCGUGGUUUGUGAUAGUAGUUCCAACUAGAAGUGAAAAAGAGAUACAGGCCAAGCCCUUCCACACAUGCACUGUUUACGUCUCUGCACACACACUCUCUCUCUCUCUGCCUACUUGCACUGUCCAUCUAACUAUUUUUGUUUGACAAACAAGGAAGAAACCCAUUUGGUUCAAUUGCAUUUACAAUACAGUAUGUUCUCUGUUACUAUUUCUUAUCCAGAUUUAACACUUUGAUGAAUAGCUUGUAGUAUAUGAAGAGAAUUGCAGUUUAUACUGAUUCAACUUUACUACUGUGGCAUUUUUGUUUUUAAUCUCAAAGAGGUGCUGCUUAUAAGUUAGGAGAAAAUUUUGUUCGGCUAUUUGAAUGUAAGAAGCUUGUGAUGAAUUAUUUGGUAGCUUUGGGGAGUGGGUUUGUCUCGGUUUGGUGUUUAUAGUUAUGGGUUGUGUUUAUUCAAGAGCUUGCAUUGGGGAGAUUUGUGCACCAAGGAAUGUGGAUGUUAAAGAGCCGGAAAAUGUGAAACCUGCUGAAAUUCCUGUAUUUUCACCUGCUUCAUCAAAUGGGGAAGAUGGAGAAACUAGAGAUCAGCUUAAUCAAUUAAGUCUAUCUAGGGACAAUGAAAUUGGUAUAACCAGACUUUCUAGAGUGUCUGCACAAUUUUUGCCACCUGAUGGUUCACGGGUUGUAAAAGUUCCAUCAGGUAAUUAUGAACUACGAUGUUCGUUUUUAUCUCAAAGAGGGUACUAUCCUGAUGCCCUUGAUAAAGCUAAUCAAGAUAGUUUAUGCAUUCACACUCCAUUUGGAACAAGUCCAGAUGAUCAUUUCUUUGGUGUUUUCGAUGGCCAUGGAGAGUAUGGAGCUCAAUGCUCCCAGUUUGCGAAAAAUAAAAUUUGUGAAAAUUUGCUUAGGAACAGUAAAUUUCAUUUAGAUGCUGUGGAGGCAUGUCAUGCGGCAUUCUUGAUGACCAACUCGCAGUUGCACGCUGACGCUAUAGAUGAUAGCAUGAGCGGAACAACUGCAAUUACUAUACUCGUACGAGGUACGACACUUUAUGUCUCUAAUAGCGGUGAUUCAAGAGCUGUUAUAGCCGAGAGACGGGGUAACGAAGUCAUGGCUGUUGACCUUUCAAUUGACCAAACACCAUUUAGGCCUGAUGAGAGUGAGCGGGUUAAGCUCUGUGGAGCAAGAGUUCUUACACUGGAUCAGAUUGAAGGAUUGAAAAAUCCAGAUGUGCAAUGUUGGGACACUGAAGAAGGUGAUGAUGGUGAUCCUCCUAGGUUGUGGGUGCAAAAUGGAAUGUAUCCUGGUACGGCUUUUACAAGAAGUAUAGGUGAUUCUGUCGCUGAGACAAUUGGUGUUGUUGCAAAUCCUGAAAUUGUUGUUUUGGAGCUCACCUCAGAUCAUCCUUUCUUUGUGAUUGCCAGUGAUGGGGUAUUUGAGUUUCUUUCCAGCCAAACUGUGGUGGACAUGGUCACAAAGUAUAAGGAUCCGCGUGAUGCUUGUGCUGCAAUUGUUGCUGAGUCAUACCGUCUUUGGCUACAGUAUGAAACACGCACAGAUGAUAUUACCGUGAUAGUUGUACAAGUGAAUGGAUUGACUAAUGGUGCGGUUGGCCAAUCAGGAAGUUCUGAUGUUGCUUUACGACCACCGUUGCCUCAGGUUGUGGAAUUAUCUGGAUCAGAAUCUCCAUCAGUUAUGAACUGGAAUUCUAGGAUUCAACGUGCCAGGCAAGAUAUAUCUCGGGCACGACUGCGUGCUAUUGAGAGUUCCUUAGAGAAUGGGCAGAUAUGGGUUCCCCCAUCUCCAGCCCAUAGGAAGACAUGGGAAGAAGAAGCACAGAUUGAACGGGUUUUGCAUGAUCAUUUUCUUUUUAGAAAGCUUACAGAUUCUCAGUGUCAAGUUUUGUUGGAUUGUAUGCAAAGAGUUGAGGUUCAAGUUGGAGACGUUGUAGUCAAACAGGGUGGAGAAUGUGACUCUUUCUAUGUUGUUGGAAGCGGGGAAUUUGAGGUCUUAGCAACACAGGAUGAGGAAAACGGCGAAGCUCCUAGGGUUCUUCAGCACUACACAGCUGAUAAGUUGUCAUCCUUUGGGGAGCUGGCUCUGAUGUACAAUAAACCACUCCAAGCUUCUGUCCGCGCUGUUACCAACGGAAUUUUGUGGGAACUUAAACGAGAAGAUUUUAGAGGAAUUCUUGUGUCAGAGUUUUCUAAUUUGUCUUCAUUGAAGCUUCUGCGUUCUGUAGAUCUUCUAUCAAGAUUGACGAUUUUACAACUAAGUCAUAUUGCAGAUAUGGUUUCAGAAGUUCCUUUUUCUGAUGGACAGACAAUAGUAAAUGAGAAACAGGAACCUUUGGGCCUAUACAUUAUCCAGAAAGGGGUUGUAAAAAUUACAUUUGACAUGGAUUUAGUAAAAUUUGAAAAUGCAUCAAGUCUCCUGUGUGAAAACCAGAAGCAGGAUGAUAUACAGAACAAAAAAAGCAUAACAGUCGAGAAGAGUGAAGGGAGCUACUUUGGGGAAUGGACACUUCUUGGGGAACAAGUUGCCUCUUUGAGUGUCAUUGCUGUUGGUGAUGUGGUAUGCGCUAUCUUAACUAAGGAGAAGUUUGAUUCAGUUGUUGGUCCUUUGGCAAAGCUCUCACAGGAUGAUCUUAGGACAAGGGGCCAUCAAACAAUUCUCUCUUCAGAAUCUGUCCAAACCUUUGACACUUUGACGCUUGAAAGAUUGCAGCUUGCUGAUCUGGAGUGGCAGACUUGCUUAUAUUCAACUGACUGCAGUGAGAUUGGCCUAGUUCGGCUAAGAGACUCAGAUAAGCUGUUUAGCUUGAAGAGGUUUUCAAAGCAGAAAAUCAAAAUGCUUGGGAAAGAAGCACAAGUGUUAAAUGAGAAGAAUCUAUUGAAGCAAAUGAAUACAGUAGCUUCAGUACCUCAAGUUUUAUGUACUUGUGCUGAUGAAAUUCAUGCUGGCAUAGUUCUGGACACAUGCCUGGCUUGCUCUGUGGUAGCAAUACUUAACAACCCCCUUGAUGAGGAAUCAACACGUUUCUGUGCUGCAUCAGUUGUCAUUGCUCUGGAAGACUUGCACAAUAAUGACAUACUUUAUAGAGGUGUUUCUCCUGACGUACUAAUGUUCGACCAAACUGGCCAUAUUCAGCUAGUGGAAUUCAGAUUUGCCAAGAAGAUUUCUUCUGAGUUGGAUGAGAGGACAUUUACCAUAUGCGGAAUGGCAGAUUCUCUAGCUCCAGAAAUAGUCCAAGGAAAAGGCCAUGGUUUUGCUGCUGACUGCCUUCUAAACUCGGUGGAUAAUGGGCCCGCCCCUCUACCCUGCUCCACUUGAAUACCGGGCGUCACUUUGCAUGGCGUGGGGCUUGAACCUUCAAUCUAAGGCACAAAUCCUCCAUCUUUUGCCACUCGAGCUAGGCCUUGGGGGCGAAAUUUCCCUAAUUAUUGAAAUGCUUAAGAGAAGUUUUACAAAGAUGCAUGGUUCUGCCUAUCGUGAUGUCUAAAAUAUAGUUGGUUAUCCAAGUGAUUCAGUGAGUAUAAUGAUGUGAUGCAAACAUCACUAACGAGCAUCAGCAGCCAUUUAUCCCUCUUACCUUUGGAAUUUCUUAAAGCUUGAAAUAAUUACUAUAGGCUUCUAUGCAUCACAUACUACCAGACCAGAUUCUUAGUCUGAUUGAUUAACUUGAAAGAAGUGUACAGUUAUCAUGCUUUGGUAAUUAUUUUCAGAUGGCAGUUAUCUGGAAGUUGUGAAUCUUGAAAUGAUAAGUGUCCCAUAUCUUCUGACUGUAAGAUUACAAAUGUGAAUCUAUCAUUUUGUUUUAUCUUCUAUGUAGUGAGUGGUUUUGUGUGCAUGUAUAAAUAUUUUGUGUGAUACAUCAAAGGGGGAAAAGAUAUUUUACCCAUGACCUCAUUGUCAUGAGGUAUGAGUUUAGCUUUACAGUACCCGAGCUUGUACUCUGAAAGCAUGCACAAUAGGAUCGUUACUGCCUCUAGAAUUGUACUUAAUCCAAUGAAGAUUACUCUUUCAUGAGAGAUUAUUCACUCGAGUUAGAGCAGUAUUUGGAAGGCAAACUUGCAGCUGUACCUGUCUGUUCUUCUCUUGUUUCUUUUCUGGGAUUUGGAAUGAGGAGAUAAUGAAGUUAGAUAGGUUGCUCUUUCAUGGUGAUAGUAAUUUAGAAACAAUCCAAACUCUUCAAAAUGAUGAAGGUGUAUAGUGAAAACAGGUAGAAGUAAUGUAAAUUAA